CGCAGCCCUCCCUUUAUGUUCAGUAUAAAAGCUCAACUCGGGUCGGGUUCGGUCCUUUUUGUCUCUUCUUUAACUCGGACCUUUUGGUUGCUGGACUAAGCCGGUCAGUAAAAUGGGAAAAGAAAAGACCCACAUCAACAUCGUGGUCAUCGGCCACGUCGACUCCGGCAAGUCCACCACCACCGGCCACCUCAUCUACAAAUGCGGCGGCAUCGACAAGAGAACCAUCGAGAAGUUCGAGAAGGAGGCAGCCGAGAUGGGAAAAGGCUCCUUCAAGUACGCCUGGGUGUUGGACAAACUGAAGGCCGAGCGUGAGCGUGGUAUUACCAUCGACAUCGCUCUGUGGAAGUUUGAGACCGGCAAGUACUACGUGACCAUCAUUGAUGCUCCUGGACACAGGGACUUCAUCAAGAACAUGAUCACUGGUACCUCCCAGGCUGACUGCGCCGUCCUGAUCGUUGCUGCUGGUGUUGGUGAGUUUGAGGCUGGUAUCUCCAAGAACGGGCAGACCCGUGAGCAUGCCCUGCUGGCCUACACUCUGGGCGUGAAGCAGCUCAUCGUUGGUGUCAACAAGAUGGACUCCACUGAGCCCCCUUACAGCCAGAAGAGAUUCGAGGAGAUCACCAAGGAAGUGAGCGCCUACAUCAAGAAGAUCGGCUACAACCCUGCCACCGUCGCCUUCGUCCCCAUCUCUGGUUGGCAUGGAGACAACAUGCUGGAGGCCAGCGACAAGAUGAGCUGGUUCAAAGGUUGGAAAAUUGAGCGUAAAGAGGGCGGAGCUACAGGUGUGACCCUGCUGGAGGCCCUGGACUCCAUCAUGCCACCUUCCCGUCCCACCGACAAGCCCCUCCGGCUGCCGCUGCAGGACGUCUACAAGAUCGGCGGUAUCGGAACCGUUCCCGUGGGCCGCGUUGAGACCGGCAUCCUGAAGCCCGGCAUGGUCGUCACCUUCGCCCCCCCCAACCUGACCACUGAGGUGAAGUCCGUGGAGAUGCACCACGAGUCUCUGCCCGAAGCUCUGCCCGGCGACAACGUCGGCUUCAACGUCAAGAACGUCUCCGUCAAGGAGAUCCGCCGCGGCAACGUGGCUGGAGACAGCAAGAACGACCCGCCUCAGGCUGCGGAGAACUUCACCGCUCAGGUCAUCAUCCUGAACCACCCGGGCCAGAUCGCCCAGGGUUACGCCCCGGUUCUGGACUGCCACACCGCUCACAUCGCCUGCAAGUUCAGCGAGCUGAAGGAGAAGAUCGACCGCCGCUCCGGCAAGAAGCUGGAGGACAACCCCAAGGCCCUGAAGUCCGGCGACGCCGCCAUCAUCACCAUGGUGCCUGGGAAACCCAUGUGUGUCGAGAGCUUCUCCCAGUACCCCCCACUGGGUCGCUUCGCCGUCCGCGACAUGAGGCAGACGGUGGCUGUGGGCGUCAUCAAGACGGUGGAGAAGAAGGCUCCGUCCGGCGGAAAAGUCACCAAGUCUGCACAGAAGGCCGACAAGAAGAAAUGAAUCUUCAUGCAGGACGUCCAGCAGAAAGCUGCAGCUCCUCCUCAUCCUCACCACCCGACGCCGUCUUCUUCUCUGAGGCAUGGAUCUCUACUCAAGGACUGGAUUAUGCUGAUUAAAGCCCAUCGCAAAAGUUUCCGCAGGAAAGGAGGCAGAUUCUCCGCCUUCAACUGGAAGCUCUGGUGUUAACUAAGAUGAAGCCAAAACAAUAAAAAUAUCACAGAAUCAAACACA